GAGAAGAGAGCAUUUCGUCCGAUGAAAGCUCUCAGUUUUCCUCGCUCUCCUCCCUCUCUUCAUCCUCUUGUUGGAGAAAAGAACGCAAUCUGAAAAGAGAAAAUUAGGAAUCUUUGGUCACUGAAAGCCCAAGUGUUCCUCCUCCAAAAAUCAGAGAUUUCUGCUCGAAUUUUAUUUCUGUUUCUUUUGUCGGUUUUCGAGAUUACUGCUGCUAAUUCUUGCCAGCAUUAGGAUUGAUCGAAGAAGCGGCGAAGACUUUGAGCUCCAAAGUUUCGAAGAGCACAUUUGGAGAGAUUUGAGAAUUUAAAUCUUUAUCCAGGAGUAAAUAAGAACUACAAAGAAUCCAUAUUUGAAAAUGAGGUCUUCUUUCCCCUUGUUGAAGGUUCUUUUAUGAUCUAAUAAUUCAAGCCUCUUGUAUUUCUCUGUUUACUUGAGAUUCUGGCCAUAUUUUCCCCUGUUCUUCUGAUUUAAUUGACAAAACGAUUCAAUUCUCGAUCUUUUGGACGGAUGUGUUUCCUCUUAAGAAUCGAUCGGGAUUCCUCUCAGUUCAACUGCAUUUGAACGCGAACUCCUUCGAUCUCUGCUUUACUUCUCUGAAGUUUGAUGAAAUAAAGUUCGAAAGAGCCAAACUUUGAACAAUUAUUCAAUGGUUUGUGCUUUGAUAAUUCUCUGUUUCUUCCAACCUUCCUGGCGUUUCUCCUUAGCAUGAACUACCAUAUAAGACCUUUCUUUUGUUUUCCCUUUCCUGACCAAAUUGUUUUCCCUGCAGAAGAGAAGAUCGGGACAAGCUCCGAUCGCAGCAACCAUUUCAGAAUCCUAGGCUUUGGCUUUGAAGGGGAUAUAGAUGGAAAGGGAGGCGAGGAAUCCCUAUUACACCCGCGGCUCAGGAGGAGGAGUUCAUGGUACGGGCAAUGGGUCGUCGGCUUUGGCCGAGCCGGACUUGCUGCUCCACUGGGGGAACCGGAAGCGGCUGAGGUGCGUCAAGGUCCAGCGGAAGGAGGACGCGGCCACCACCGACAAGGCCGCCACUACGGUUCGUGUCGACCGCCGGGUCGUCCGGGUCGACAAGCACUCUGGCUUGGCUCCUCCCCCCCGCCGCACCUCCCCGACCCAUCAGCGCACCCUCAGGAAUUCGGAAGCUGCGACGGCGGAGAUGAGAGGGCGGCAGCAGAGCAACGGCGGGCUCCGGGGGGUGGCGUCGCCAGAGCGGGCGGUGAAGGCCAGGAACGGCGGCGCAUCGGCGUCGUCGGAGGAGAAGAAGAAUGGGGGAGCGGGCUCGUCGUCGGGGAGCGAGGGCACGGUGUGGCCCAAGUUCGCGAUCGCGCUGACUAACAAAGAGAAGGAGGAGGACUUCCUGGUCUUCAAGGGAUCCAAGCUCCCCCAGAGGCCUAAGAAGAGGGCCAAAUUUGUCCAAAAGACCAUUAACCUGGUGAGCCCAGGUGCAUGGCUGUGCGAUCUGACUCUGGAACGGUAUGAAGUCCGAGAGAAGAAGGUCUCCAAAAAGAGACCAAGAGGUUUAAAGGCAAUGAGGACAUUGGGGAGCAUGGACGGUGACUCAGAUUAGUAGACAAUAGAGGAAUGAAAGAAUCUGAAAGAAUAAGCCCGAGAUUGGGACCAUAUUUGAAGAUAGUCAAACCAUAGCGUAUCUCAUCUUGCAUUUGACUGGCGCUCGCGCGCGCACAGAGAGAGUGGUGGACUGGGGGUUGGUUGGUAGAUAUUGGAGAGUUUAAGGGAUCGAAGCUUCGCGCGAAGAGAGAUUGUUGUAACAUUCUCAUGCAGAACUCUACCAAAUGCUUUGUAGAUUUCAAGCCUGUUUCUCUCACUCUCUUUUAAAUUAUCCUGUGUUAUACUUAUCGCUGUUUUGAUGCUGUUAUUCAAUUUGAAGCAGGCAUCGACGUUCUGUGAA